CCCCCUGCGGCCAGGCCCCGCCCCCUGCGGCCAGGCCCCGCCCCGGGGUCGCUAUGGGAACGGGCACGCGGAGCUGCCCAGCCCAGGCGCGCGGGACGCGGCCGGUACCCGCCGGUAACUGUAAGACCAAUGGACAAAGAGGACAAUGCAAUAGAUCUCUAUAAUAAUGCAAACCUAGAGAAACAGAAUGAAGCUGCAAGAAUCAUUCAGAGGUCUUGGAAAAGAUAUAUUGAUACCCGUAUUUUUCAAUACUACAAAGGACUUAUCAGUUUUAAAAUGGUAGGGGAACCUCGUCUUUUGAUGAAAUACAUUGACCCUCUAGAGGCAGAUUUCCUAGAUGCUGCAGCAGGUGCAUAUAUCAGAUUCAGACUGGGCGGUACCAGCUAUCCUCCAAAUAUAUACUAUAAAAUAUUCACUCAUAGACCUGUUGUAGAUAUGUGUGCUAACAGCCCUAAAGAUUAUUCAAAGUUGGCAUCCAAACAGAGUCUGACAAAAAAGAUUCAUGGAAAGAUUUGGAAAGAUGAUGGCAGUGGCUACUACAAACGUGUAGAGAACAAUGGUUGGAGACUUCUUUCUGCCAAAGCUUGGAAAAGCAUGGAUCCUUUCACAACUGAAGACAACAAAAAGGAAAUACAAUUUCAUUUCUCUAAGCUGAAGAGGAAGCAAGAUGUUGAAAUGAGAAGAAAAAGGAAAAAAAUUGAAUGGCUGAAAAAAAUGUAUUCCUCAGGAAGCCUGUGGGUCAAAACAGGUGACCCUACCAUUACAACCUUAAUUCAGAGAGCUGCAGACGGCAUUAUUGAUGCCACUGAGAAAGAAAGAGGGCAGGAUGUAAUGGAAUGGGAAGUGGAUGAAUUAUUGAAAUGGACAAAUGUACUUGACUAUGGAGAAUAUAUGAGACAGUGGAAGGAAAUUGCAACAAGCAACACUUCCGACAACUACAGGGGUCUCAGGAACAAAGACUCUGCACUCACUGGACUCAAACCCACCAGCUUGGAUGCGACAACUCCCUCUUUGUCUCCACUCUUCUGGUACACCAGCUCCCCAGACAACAUGACCCAGUGAUUCUCAGCCAGGGAGCUGUGGGGUGUCACACAAUGUGAGCACUUCUAGGAAUGUAAAUAUAAUUCACAAGGUAAGUCCAGUAAAAAUCCAGUGUUAAAAACCUUCUGACCUGUUAUGGUGUUUCUGAGGAAUUGCUCUAUUACUUUUCUGUAGUCAAAAAACAAGUCAAACUAAGAGCUGGGUGUCUUGAGCGUAAUGAGGUUUGAGAACUACUGGCAGACGAAACCAACAGAAGCUCUCUUCUGUCAGCAAAGUUGCUUGCAGCAAGAGUUUUGUUGGCAUUAUUAUAUUCGCUAGGAAGUGUAAUCAGUAGAGCUGUGCUGUCAAAACUAUCAUGUACAUCUGCCUCAAAUUGAGUUUUCUUCUGUGUCAUAUAAUCCCACUGAAAUUCAGCAAGUUUCAUUUCAAAACUACCUAGAUCAUCAUUUGCCCCCACUAUUCCUAUGAGUGAAGGCUGUUCCAGAACUUCUGUCCUCCACUAGUUAGAAACAACCUAAAUUACAGGCCAAAGUUUGUGCCUGAUAGUUUUUGGUCCCUAGUGGGUUAACGCUCUCUCCCUAUAGAAUACAGAGGUAGUUCAAUGCUGCUGCUAUAGACUUCAAGACUAAGUGUUGACCUUGUAACAGAAGACUUCUUCCAGAGCCUCAGAAACACUCUAGUAAUAGAUUAGUAGCAUUAAGAUUACAACUUAAUACAUUAAUUGACUUUAAAACAAUUAUAUUUUAGCUUUUACUUUAGAGAUGAAAUUCUGUUUGCUUUUUGGUCAUUUACCAGACUGCUGUGGGUGAAGGGGAUAUUCAGCGAGGAAGAGUAGCUCUUAGUGGAAAGAAAAUUAUUAGAUCAGCAAUUUAAAGAACCUCUACUCAACAAGAAACGAAACAGAUUCUUCUUUUCCUACUGUGACUCACCAUCAUAGCCUUGUGAGCUUGAAAACUACUGUAGUCUUUUGGCCUGUAUCUACUGUGAGCUCCUUCUUGAGGAUUCACAAGGAACUCGCCAAUGGGAGUCGUCCCUGAGCACCACUCAAGGACUCCGCUUCUCUGAGAAAGGGGAACAACCUGGGAAUAGAAAACCAGUAGCAAAUACAUUACAGCAUGCAUCCUUUUAAGGGACAUGAGUAUUAGAGUAAACAGUUGAAUUCACAUAGCUUCUUCUUAUAACUUUUUCUAAGCAAUGGACACACUUUUCUUUAGUAAAAGAACCUGCUAAUGAACAGGCAGUCAUGCUAUACUACAACAUAAUUACCCUACUGAGUUUCCAUGUUUGGUCCUCAUAUAAUAAUGCAGGUAUUACUAACUGUUCAACAUACUUUAUGGGCUAUUGAAAGCAUUUGUUUGGAUUAGUGUAUUGUGUGACAAUUAAAAUAUACAUGUGAAACUGAAGAUACUCAGAAUAUCCAGUCUCAGAUUGCUGGCUCCUACUGGACAACAGGUCACACAGCAGCUGGCUCUGACUGACCCCUCUGGUUACUGAGUAGUAAUUUUUUUGGUUUUGAUGUUUUCCUCUUCUUUUGGAGGCAGCUAUGAGAAUUUCUAAUUUAGAUUUUUGUACAGCAUUCACCUCUUUUGCUUUAUCAUUUAAUUGUCAGCGAAGUAUGAAAGUCUCUAGUACUAAAGGUGGGAUUUGUAAUUUCAAUUACAGUUAAAUAAACGUGAUUUCCAUUAUAUACACAUUUUAAA